UGUAAGUGCUGCAGAGAAAUAACUAGUAGUGUUCCACUUCACUGCUGCUUGUUUUAUAUUUAGUAAAUAAACUGCUAAACAGAAUAAACUAAAGAUUCCAGCUUUAUCAAUUUUGAGAAUUUUGCUCAUUUGGGAUUUCAGAAUCCAAAGCGGUCAACGGCAAAUGGUCCUCGUCCCUCAAGUUCUAAGUUUCCCUGCAUAUCUCAAUUGAACACAAUCUCUUCUCCUAGUUACCGGCGACAUUCCGCCGAUGGAUGCCGGCAGUUCUCAAUUCAGAGAAUAGACUUAUGUGCUCGCAUUUUGAUGGUUUUGCACUGGGAAAAUAUGAGAAUCGCUGUGUGAAGUAGUAGUAGAAGAAGAAAGUUGAAUGAAAUUGAAGAGUGAAGAAGCUUCGAUCUCUUGAACAACCGAAGUGUACAAUUUACCAGCUAAUCCAGUUACCAUUGUUCACAAAGGGCGGUUAGAACCUCGCUAGAAUCACCGAGUUAAGCACUAAUUACCCACUAUUUUUCUAAGAUUAUUUCUUCAAUUUCCUGUCACUUGUUUGCUUUUAAUAUUAGAUUUAUGAUUUCAAAUUGAAGAUGGUGGGAAAUUUUACAAGUCAAGUCAACUAUAAAAAUCCAAAGCAUUAAGCAUCAGAAUAAAUGCUAAUCAGAUUUAAUCUCGAUCUUUUCUCCUCUUGUUCUUGUUCUUAUUCUUUGUUUUAUCUUGUCUUCAUUGGUUUUAUCUGUACUCGAACACACAUCUUGCAGGAGGAGUAAAUUCAUGGCUCUGUCGGUUGUGGGAGGAUCAUUUCUCUCUUCUUUCCUUAAUGUUUUGUUCGAUAGGAUGGCCACUCGAGAGUUUGUUGAUUUAAUUAAGGGCAGAAGGGUCACUGAUGCCCAGCUGAAUAAGCUGAAGGCGAAGAUGUUGGCUAUUAACGGAGUGCUGGAGGAUGCAGAGGAGAAGCAAAUUACUAAUUCAGCUGUGAGAGAUUGGCUUGAUCAGCUUAAAGAUGCUUUGUAUGAAGCCGAUGAUUUGUUGGAUGAGAUUGCUUAUAAAGCUUUUCGAUUGAAGAUGGAAGCUGGAUCUCGUACCUUUGGAGAUCAGAUGAGAAACUUUCUCGCUUCUCGCAAUCCAUUUAAAAAGGGGAUGGAAGAAAAGUUAGAUGAGAUCCUUGACAGACUUGAAAAUUUAGUGAAAGAAAAAGUUGCGCUUUGUCUGAGAGAGGGUUCUGGAGAGAAACCAUCUUCAACGAAAGUACCCUCUACUUCUCUUGUUGAUGAAUCUGGAGUUUAUGGUAGGGAUGAUGACAAGGAAGCGAUGAUAAAUUUGCUGUUAUCUGAUGAUGCAAAUGGGAAUGACCUUGGUGUGAUUCCGAUUGUGGGCAUGGGUGGGGUUGGUAAAACAACCCUUGCUCAGCUUGUCUACAAUGACAUUAGAGUGCAAGAAUGGUUUGAUGUCAAAGCAUGGGUCUGUGUUUCAGAAGAAUUUGACGUUUUCAAGAUAACAAGAGAUGUCCUUAUGGAGGUUACUUCAUUGAGUUGUGACAACAAGACUUCAAAUCAGCUUCAACUUGAGCUAAAGGAAAGAUUGAAGGGGAAAAGGUUCUUGCUUGUUUUAGAUGAUGUUUGGAACGAUAAGUAUACUGACUGGGAAAUUUUGCAGAGGCCUUUUAAGCAUGGGGCUCAAGGAAGUAAGAUUGUUAUUACAACACGCAUUGAUGGCGUGGCAUCAAUCAUGCAAACUGUUCCACCCCUCCAUCUAAAGGGAUUAACUGAUAAUGAUUGUUGGUCCUUGUUUGCAAAAAUUGUGUUUGAUGAUGGAAAUUCUAGCACAUAUACAGAUUUGGAGGUAAUUGGCAGAGGAAUAGUGAGUAAGUGCAAAGGUUUACCUUUAGCUGCAAAAGCUCUUGGGGGUCUUUUACGAUCCAAGAGGGAUGUUGAGGAAUGGGAGAAGAUAUCGAAGAGCUGUUUGUGGAAUUCAUCAAAUGAUGAUAUUCUUCCAGCUUUAAGAUUGAGUUACCAUUAUCUUCCAUCACAUCUAAAACGUUGCUUUGCUUACUGUGCUAUAUUUCCUAAAGAUCAUGAAUUUGAGAAGGAGGAAUUAGUCCAUUUAUGGAUGGCAGAGGGCUUCUUAGUUCACUACGCUACAGAUAAAGAGAUGGAAGAAGUUGGUGAUGAGUACUUUAACGAUCUUGUGUCAAGAUCAUUUUUUCAGCGAUCAAGUGGCCAUCAUUCAUACUUCAUUAUGCAUGACCUGAUAAAUGACUUGGCUAAAUAUGUCUCUGGAGAAUUUUGCGUUAGGUUGGAUGGUGAUGAUUCAUGCAAGAUUACUAAAAGGACUCGCCACUUAUCAUAUGUGGGAACAGAAUAUGAUUCGGGUAUGUUAUUUGAUGGCAUCUACGAAGCCCAAUUUUUGCGGACAUUUAUACUUAUGGAGUGGUCAUGCAUUGAUAAUGAGGUAAUGCAUGAUUUAUUGCUGAAAUUCAAGCACCUUCGAGUACUAUCUCUGUCUCAAUAUCGUAGUGUAACUGCAUUGCCUGAGUCAAUAGGCUACUUGAAGCAUUUACGAUAUCUAAAUCUUUCUACAGCAUCAAUAAAAAGGUUGCCUGAGAUAGUGAGUACUUUGUAUAAUUUGCAGACGUUAAUCUUGCAUGAAUGCAUAUACCUUGCUGUGUUGCCUGAUUCAAUUGGAAAUUUGAAGUAUUUACGAUUCUUGGAUCUCUCGGGAACAUUGAUCAGAAGGUUACCUGAAUCUCUGAGUGGCUUGAACAAUUUGCAAACAUUAAUCUUGUGUCGUUGCAAAGGGCUUGUUGAGCUGCCAACCAACAUGGCAGGGCUAAUCAACUUGCGGCGCCUGGAUAUUAGAGGAACAAAAUUGCAAGAAAUGCCACCACUGAUGAGUGAGUUAAAAAAUCUCCAUAUUUUAACUAAUUUUAUUGUAAGAAGACAGGGUGGCGGAUCUAACAUAAAGGAGUUGGGCAGACUUCAGCGUCUUAGAGAAAAACUUUGCAUUUGGAAUCUUGAAAAUAUUGGAGAUGCUGAAGAUGCUUUGGAAGCCAAUUUGAAGGGUAAGAAACACCUUAAGGAGUUGGAGUUGAGAUGGAACAGUGAUACUGAUAAUUCAGCACUUGAAAGAGGUGUGCUUGAGCAAUUACAGCCUCAUGCAAAUGUUGAAUUUCUUGCAAUUGUUGGUUAUGGGGGUGGUGGAUUUCCAGAUUGGGUGGGAGAUUCUUCUUUCUCAAAUAUAGUAUCCUUGAAGCUCAGUGGAUGUAAAUACUGUGUCUCUUUACCACCAGUUGGGCAGUUAGCAUCUCUGAAGGACCUCUCAAUCACAGAAUUUGGUGGAAUUGAGGUUGUUGCUCCUGAAUUCUAUGGAAAUUGCACAUCAAUGGAGAAUCCAUUUAGAUCCCUAAAACUCCUGAAGUUUGAAAGGAUGCCAAAGUGGCAUAAAUGGAUUCCUUACAUGCAUGAAGAUGAAAGAAGAGCCUUCCCUGUCCUCCAAGAGCUUUACAUAAGAGAAUGCCCCGCUCUAACAACAGCCUUGCCGAGUCACCUUCCUUCUUUAACAACACUUGAGAUUGAGGGAUGUCUGCAGCUUGUGGCUUCACUUCCAAGGGCUCCAGCAAUCAUUAAGAUGAAGUUAAAGGAUGACUUUCGUGAUCUGCUAAUAAAGAAAUUGCCUUCAGAGCUGCACAGUCUCAUACUUGACAGAUUCUACUCAUCGGAUUCCAUAUUGGAUCUAAUAGGUAGUUUCUUCAGUACUUUAGAAGAAAUUGAAAUCCGAAACUAUGAUUCUCUCAAGUGCUUCCCACUAGACUUGUUCCCAAGGUUGAAGAGUCUCCGCAUCACUAGAUGUCCCAGUCUUGAAUCCCUUUCUAUGUACAAGACGCCUCAUGAGAAUUUCACAUCUCUCAGUUCCUUGGAGAUCAGGGAGUGUCCUAAUUUAGCAUCUUUUCUCAAAGGAAGAUUACCUGCCCCAAAUUUGGCACGAAUUCUAUUGCUAGGUUUCUCAAAUGUGGAAUCCUUCCCCGAAAAGAUGCUAUUGCCCUCUAGUCUUAUAUCUCUUAAAAUUUGGGAUUUUCACAAUCUGAAAUUUCUGAACUACAAUGGACUUCAACAUCUCACCUAUCUGAGAGACUUGGAGAUCUGUAACUGUCCUAAGCUGCAGUCCCUGCCAGAAGAGGGGCUGCCCUCCUCACUUUCGUCUCUGUCGAUCUUUUUAUGCCCUCUACUGGAACAGAGGUGUCAAAAGGAGCAAGGGGAAGAUUGGGCCAAGAUUUCUCACAUCCCUCAUGUAAAAGUUAAUUUCCACAAGAUCAAUUGACCCAAAAACUAGAAGUGUUACUCCUCUCUUCAUUCACAUGCUGAGAGGCUCUUGAUUCUUUUCUGUCCAUUUGAGGCUGCUGAAUUGAUCUAUACCAAUUCUAUUUGGGUAGUCAAUAAUGAGGAAGGACUGAAAUGUUGGAUGCAGUGGCGGACAAAAGGAUCAAUCUUUGCUGGAGAUACUACUGGAGCUGAAGCUAUAGCUUAAACUUGUUCUGCUCCUGCAAGAUUUGAGGUAGCUGGUCAAUUUUUGCGUAAUGCAAAUUCGUUCUCCAUAUUCAAGUACAUUGGAAAGUGGAGCACUGCAUAUACGAGCUUGAAAGUUCAGUUCCAGAAUAGAGAAUGCAACGAGAAUGCUGUUCAUGGUUCCUUCUGAGAAAGUUGAAAUUGCAUAACCAAAAUUUACAUGGACAUCAGCUGUUUUCCACAGAUGAGAUGACAGAACUUCAGACAACGUUAGCCAAGAUUCUUUCCAUGUUGUCCAAGAGGGGUUCUAGUUCUGUUCGUUGGAACGAGACGCGAGUGAGCUGGAUUCGAAAAUGCUGUCUUUGUUUGUAUUUUGGAUACUACUGAUGAUUGCAAGUCAUGAAUGUGCUUAAGGAUCCAUCGUUUUGUUAGAUGAGGAAUUCGAUGAUUGUAACUUAUGAAUAUUCCUAUUAAAUUUAUAAGAACAAACAAAAUAAAUAAUUGCUAAGCACUUGCAAAGUGCUAUGGUUUCUCA